AUGUGUUUAAAUAUAUUCAAAUGUUGGCAUAAUUCAAAUAAACGACCCACCGUUCAGCAUAUUUUUAAUGAUUUAAAUAAUAUUAACUUUAAUGAAAUAUUGAUAAUUAGUGACGAAAAAACAUUUACAGAAUGUAAUAAGAAUGAGAUCAAAGAUCAACCAAUGUCAGAAAUGGAAAGAUUAAAUUCAACAGAAUUUUCAAACUAUUAUACUAAUUUGCGUAAUAACACAGCAAAAGAAUUAAUGUUAAUUUCUUCAAUUAUAAAAAUAUUAAGUGAAAAUAGUAUGAUUAACGAUCAGAAUAAUUUAUUAAAUUUAACCAGUUCCUUAUCAACUUUAAAUAUUGUUGAAACAAUUUCAAUAUCUCUAGUUAAUGCGAUCGGUUCUGUAAUUUGUUGCUUGAAAAAACAUAUAGUUGAACAUAACAAAAAUUCAGAAGAUAUUCUCGAACAUUACAAUAAUUAUAAGUUUAAAUACUAUUUUACAAGCAUUAUUGGAUUCUUUUAUGAGUAUGGAAUUGGAACAAUCGUCGAUUAUCACAAGGCAUUUGAUAUGUAUAGACAAGCAACUGAAAAUUUUAAUACUUCAACCAAGAUUUAUGGGAAAUAUUAUAUUGGACAAUGUUACGAUAAUGGUUAUAGUGUUAUUAAAAGCUUAUCCAAUUCAUUGAAUUGGUAUUUAAAAUCUGCAGAGAAAGGAAAUGCAAGUGGACAAAAUGCAGCUGGACAUAGCUUAAUGCUCGGUGACGGAACCAAUAUUGAUGAAGAAGAAGGUUUGAAAUGUGGAUUUUGGAUUGACAUUUUUCCAUAUUUAACUGACAAUGAGGGUUAUAAUUCUUUCUGUCAUCAUUUUCAUAUUAUUCUCUCAACAUUUAAUGCUAUUGUUUCUCGAUUAGAAAAAUAUUCUGUUUUUAAAUCUGAAGUUUUUAAUGCAACACCUGUAUGGAAGCAAAUUGCUAUUGUUUUGUGGUAUUUAAUCAAUAGAGCAGAUGUAUGA